AUGAACCCGUCGCCGUAUCCAGGCGGUCCCAGCGACCGCCACGGCCCCGCCCCCGCGUCCUCCUCCGCCAGUCUCGACCGCAAGACCGGGCCGCCCGCUCCUCCCCGUCCGUCUCCUCCGCCCUCCCUCACCCCGUACCACUCCCAGCCAACGUCGCUCUCCUCCCAAUUGAGCCACCACCUGCACCCGCUCCACGGCAGCAGCGCCUCGAGCUCCCACACGCUCAUGCACGCGCUCAGCAGCUCCGGCCCGUCGUCGUCCUCCGCCUCGUCCCGCUCGCCUCAUCCCCUGGCGACGCCCUCGUCGUCGUCGUCGUCGUCCCUUUUGCACGCGCCACGGGGCGCGCUAGGCCCGUCCAGCUCUGUCUCUGGACCGCCUUCCGUGCUCUCCCAGCCACAAAACGCUGUCGCAGCUGCUGGAAACGCGGGGCUCUUGAACCACGCGGUCCGACUGCAGACGUCCAGUAUGAGCCAAGCAAUGGCUCAGCAGCAGCAGCAGCAGAUUCAUCAGCAGACAAUGCACCCGGACCGGCUGAAGCCAUCGACCCAGAGUUACACCGUCCGGCCGUCGUCGCCGAGACGGGGGGAGACGCCGCCGCCGCCGACGUCGCAGAUGCCGCAGCAGUACGGACUGGACGGACGGAUGAUCCCGACCGACCAGGUGGAUAGUGACUACUUUCAAGCAGCUAUGGGAGGCGGCAAUGGGGGACCAGUGCCGCCGCCUCCGCGGCAUCGGGAACUUCGGGUUGAAGACGCGCUGCUGUAUCUCGACCAAGUGAAGCAGCAGUUUGGCGACCAGCCGGAUAUUUACAACCAGUUUUUGGACGUGAUGAAGGACUUUAAAGCUCAAGCUAUUGACACGCCUGGUGUCAUUCUGCGUGUCUCGACGCUCUUUCGAGGGUAUCCGAACCUUAUUCUGGGCUUUAAUACGUUCUUGCCCCCGGGAUAUCGCAUUCGACCGGAUACGUCGAUUGAAGUGAUUCCGUCGCAGAUGGCAGGACGGAAUGGAGCAGGACAACCACCACCGUCGAUGUACUCGACAGUAGGGACUCAGCAGUCUUCGAACGCGAACUUGUGCCUUCGUCCACCUCCCGUGACGAUCCCACCGCCUCCGUACUCACCUCCAGAGCUUCACAAGCCAAACACAGCAUCGCGGCAGCAUUUACCACCUGGUGGGCAUAUGAAAACGGGUGGCAAAACCAAGAAACAGCCACAACAGGGACAGACAUCAAGUGGUGGCAAUCCGGCGGAUCGAAGCUCAACGAACCCGGUCGAGUUUGACCACGCGAUCCACUAUGUGACCACGAUCAAACAGCGCUUCGCUGAUGAGCCGGAGACGUAUAAAGAGUUUUUGGCGAUAUUGCACACGUACCAGAAAGAGCAGCGGUCCAUCCGCCAGGUGCUUGACCAAGUUUCGCACCUUUUCCGAGAUCAUCCGGACCUACUGCGUGAGUUUACGUUCUUCUUGCCCGACGCCGUGCAGGAACAAGCGAAAGAGCGUCUGAAUCGUGCUGCCGAAAAAGCUCAGCAGCGUAAAGACGUAAUGGCGCUAAAAGCACGGAAGUAUGGCUUAUCAUCGCAGAGUUACCAGCAGUCUGAUCGACGCAAUGACCGUGGAUCGGAUUCACCGUCCAGCGCCGCGAUGAAAGGAGGACGCGGGAUGGGCGAUGAUGAUGAUGCUCACAUGAAGCACGGCAAGAAAGGGAGUAGCAGAGCACACAAGGAUGAUGACCACCGCCUGAGUGGCAAGGCAUUGGAACGCCGGGAAAAGGAGCGUGAGCGCGAACGCAAUCGUGCGCAGUUCAACCACAAGCGUGCUAAACGCCGCCCGUACGAUGGAAAAGAACGCCGUACGUAUUUGGCGAUCUCGGACGUGCUUCUUGACAAAGAAGAGUGGACUAUAUUUGAGAAGAUUAAAAAGAUUCUUCCGUCCCGAGACAAUUGGCGCGAAUUUCUGAAGUGUCUUGAGCUUUACAGCCAGGAAGUACUGGACCGCAACGAGAUGCUAUCACUAAUCAGGAAUCUGUUCGGUCGUCAUACGGAUUUAGUGGAAGAGUUUGACCGUCUUAUGUGCUCUCAUGGUGUGCAAAAGAAUGCGAAGGAAAUAUGGCCAUUCAUCCCGCUCGCUGAGACGGAUUUGUCGCAGUGUCGCCGUGCCACUCCAUCUUACCGUGGUUUACCAUCGAGCUACCCCAUACCACCCUGCUCUCAUCGCUCGGCGCUGGAGAAGCAAGUGUGUAAUGACUUGUGGGUAUCCGUACCCACGGGCAGUGAGGAUUUCUCGUUUAAGAGUAUGCGAAAGAACCAGUACGAAGAAGCGCUGUUCAAAUGUGAGGACGAGCGCUUCGAGAUUGACAUGGUUAUCGAAACGAAUGCGUCUACAAUCAGUGUUCUUGAGCCGCUAGCGAAUGAGAUUGAGGCUCUCAAAAGGAGCGAGGAGUCAAGUGGUGAGGAAGGUCAGCUGUGGAACUAUGUUGUGGACAAGGGCACGUUUCGUGUAACGCACUUGAAUGCUAUCACACGCAUUUAUGGUGAGUCAGGGACGCAGAUAUUGGAGUUGCUGCGUCAGUAUCCUGCUGGCGCGAUCCCCGUGAUUCUGAAGCGACUGAAGCAGAAAGACGAAGAGUGGCGCCGCGCGCGUGAAGACCUGAAUCGUCAAUGGAAGGAAGUGAACGAGAAGAAUUAUCACAAGUCAUUAGACCACUCCAGCUUUUACUUUAAGCAGAAAGACAAGAAACAGACAAGUGUGAAGACAAUGAUGCAGGAGGCCAAGAAGAAGUUGGAAGUGGACGAGAAGCGCGCUGAAGUGUCGAGAACGAAUUCAGAUCCACUAUUACCUACUGGUACAUCGACAACGAAUGUACUGAAUGCGAAGGCUCCUCCUCAGCCGUCGGACAUCGCCGAUGCGCUCAAAAGGGAACAAUUGGUACAUCCGGUGAAGACUGCAAUUACGUCAACUAGUAUACCAAUGACACGCUUACCUCAGCCUGCGUCAUGGACAAAGUGGAAGCCUCAUUUCGUGUUCAAAUUUGCAUCUGUGCGGAUUCACAAGGAGGCGUUCGGCUUACUAUCGUACGCUGCAGAGAAGAAUUUGAGCGUGGCUGACAAGGAGAAGAUAUCUAAGGUCUGGCAAAGCUUCUUUUUCCCGUUUUUCCACUUGGAGGAAGAGUGGCUUGUACGCAAGCCACAGCACACCACCGUGACACUCGAAAAGGCGAGGAUGUUGCCUAUUGGUACGGAGGUAAGCUCGGAGUUUGGAGAGGGGACGGUGCAGCAGUUUAACAAAGGAAAGGCCUACUUCACAAUCAACUUGGCUGCAAUAGGAUGCCAGGCGUACCUGCAACCUAGUGCCCUCACAAUCCAGGAGGCCGCAGACUUCCCACCCAGUCUCCCGGCCCUUGAUAGCAAACAAGAUGCUGCCAAGGUACAAGCCGAUAACAAGUCGCUGUUCUAUGGUAAUCAGCAUGCGUAUGCUUUUCUGCGUUUGUAUCAAGUGCUACACAAUCGGCUUGAGCAAGCGUUUGACCUGUGUGAGAAAGCGAAACGCAACCGCAAUCGUCGCACGAUUAAUCCUGCUGCCCGCGCACUAGCCCACGCUCACCAUUCGUUGUCUGCGUCAACCAAUGAGAAGACUGGCGACUACCAGUCGUUCGUGUCAAAGUUGUACUCACUGAUCGACGGUUCGGUCGACAAUGUCAAGUAUGAGGACUCCUGUCGAAGCCUUAUGGGCUCAACAUCGUACUUCUUGUUCACGAUGGACAAACUCGUGGCGCAGGUGCUUAAGCAGAUGCAGCAUUUGGCAAAUGAUGAUACAUGCCAGGAGCUGACUAAGGCGUUUGUUGAGGUGAAAGAUGGACCAAAGGCCGUGACAGACGCGUCUGGUGGUGAAACCAAGACGACUGCAUACCUCAAUAAGACCAAGUCCAUUUUCGAGGGUGAAGGUGCAUUCCGCAUUGAGUUUAACCCUGGCGUGUUGCGCAAGACGCCACUGGAAGCACGUGGUGGAUCCACUCCCAUCGGAGCGUCCGAGCCUUUCAAGAUUUGGGCGCCUUCACCACGGGUGAGAGCUCCAGAAUUCAGCAAGUGGCUGAUUGAGCCCGAGUUGGCGAUUGAGUACUUGGGCUCUAUGGAUGACGGUGGACACGAUGACGAUGACGACGACGAUUCUCCGAGCGCAACGCCUAUUGAUACACCGUCGGCAACGCCUGUGUACGGUUCACCUGCGCACGACACGCCUGUGCACGAUUCCCAGGACGACGAUGACGACGAACCGAUCAAAAAGUCAAAGGAGGUUGACGACAUGGCGAAAGGAGCUACGACGCCAGCAUCUUUUGGAAGUGUGGAGCAAAGUGACAGCGCUUCAUCCGAUGAGUUUGCGAGUGCGGCAAUAGCUUUGGAGUCUGCAACAUUGCUGAAGAAGCGCGCGUGUAUUUCUUCUGAGCAGGACGACGCUGUGUUGAUAGCAUCGUUGUCUUCCUCGUCUGCAGGAAUGUACGGACCACUGAAGAAGUCAAGGACAGUGCCGGACGCAGCGUCUGUCGGAGACAGGGAUUCUGCUGAUAAGCGGGACACUACCACAGCUUCGCGGAACGAAGGUCUGAGGAUUAGAGCAGCGGAGACACCGUCUGCUCGUGCUGCUAUACCCAAGACGGAGGCAUUUAAACAAGAGGUAAAAGUAGAGAAGCUGCCGGAGCAGACUCAAAGCCUCGAGUUGGGUCAAGGAGGCUGA